ACAAGAAGCUUCUCACAUUUUUGAAUAUAAAAAAAUCUCUCUUUGGAUUCUUGUUGGCUCUGUGACACUAGAGCUCCUGUGAAGCUCUUUUACUUAUUUGGGUGUUUCUUGUUUGAGUUUAUACAAUCGUCUUGAGCUUAAAGGCAGUGGCUUUCUGGCAGGGAGGGAGUUGAAUCGGUUCAGGAGUUACAAGCUAUACGCACGGCACUGGAGGUGUAACUUGGUGUCUUCUGGUGAGAAUGAUGCUUACAAGAUGGGCUGCAGGCUUGCUAUUGCUCCUAGUCGGCAUGUUUAUCAAUGGAUUAGGUGCAUUUGUAGGGGUGAACAUUGGUACUGAUGUUUCAGACCUUCCAUCUGCAACUGAAAUAGUUGCCAUCCUUACAGCCCAUCAAAUUACACAUGUUCGCCUUUAUGAUGCUGAUGCUCACAUGCUGAGAGCCCUUUCAGACAGUGGAAUUGAAGUAGUGGUAGGUAUUACAAAUGAGGAGGUCCUAGGGAUCGGAGAGUCUCCAUCAGUAGCAGCAGCCUGGGUUAAUAAAAAUGUUGCAGCUUACUUACCUUCCACCAAUAUUACUGCCAUCGCUGUUGGCAGUGAGGUUCUUUCUCAAAUUCCUCAUGCUUCGCCAGUUUUGGUGUCUGCUAUGAAUUACCUUCACAAAGCCUUAGUUUCUACAAACUUAAACUUCCAGGUCAAAGUUUCAACUCCACAAUCCAUGGAUGUAAUUCCUAAGGCUUUCCCCCCGUCCACCGCUACCUUUGAUCCGUCAUGGAACUCUACAGUCUUCCAAAUCCUUCAGUUCUUGAAAAACACAAAUUCCUAUUACAUGUUGAAUGCAUACCCUUAUUAUGGUUAUAGAAAGGGUGAUGGAAUUUUCCCAAUUGAUUAUGCUCUUUUCCAAUCACUUCCUUCUGUCAAGCAGAUUGUUGAUCCAAACACUUUAUUCCACUAUAACAGCAUGUUUGAUGCUAUGGUUGAUGCUACCUACUAUUCUAUAGAGGCUCUCAACUUCUCUGGGAUUUCUGUUGUUGUGACGGAGAGUGGUUGGCCAUGGCUGGGUGGAUCCAAUGAACCUGAUGCUAGUGUGGAAAAUGCUCAGACAUACACAAAUAACUUGAUUCGGCGAGUUUUAAAUGAUUCGGGUCCGCCAAGCAAGCCAACUUUUCCUAUUAACGCUUACAUUUAUGAAUUGUUCAAUGAAGACAAGAGGCCAGGGCCAAUUUCAGAGAAAAAUUGGGGUGUGCUCUUUGCUAAUGGGUCUACUGUUUAUCCUUUAACUUUGGGUACUUCCACUCCAACUGUUAAUUCUUCGGGGUUGUUCUGUGUGGCGAAAACUGAUUCAGACUCUGAUAAGUUGGAAGAUGGCUUAAACUGGGCUUGUGGGCAAGGCCAAGCUGAUUGCACUCCCAUUCAAAAAGGCCAUGUGUGUUAUCUUCCUGAUACACUUGUUAAUCAUGCUUCAUAUGCAUAUAAUGAUUACUAUCAAAGAAUGCAGAGCAUUGGUGGAACAUGUGACUUUGAUGGCACGGCUAAGACUACUACUGUGGAUCCUAGUUAUGGAUCCUGCAAAUUUUCUGGAAGUUCUAAUUCAAGCACAAUUGGGGGACUUACACCAAUCUCGGCGAUUGCACCUUCAAGCGCUGUUGGAGGCUGGAGUUCAAAUCUGAAAGUCUCCCAACUGCAGUAUCUCAUACCAGCCGCACUUCUUACAUUGUUAUGUUUUGACUUGAGGUUCCAUCCAGAUUACAUCCACGCCGUGUAGUUAAAAGCAGCUCUUUUGAGAUAGAAAAAUGGACUGCAGUCACUGCACAAGCUAUGCAGUCACUGCACAAGCUAGAUGAAAUGGAGUUCACACAUAGUUCAUCUAGUUUGAUUUUGUUUUGAGCCUCAUCACAUUCCCCUUCACCUUUUUUUUUUGUCUUGGAAAAAACCCGGGGAGUUCCAUGGAGUUCGUUGUAGGCAUUCUGAUGAGGUAGCGGCUAGACGUUCAUUUUUUCUUGACGAGGCAGAAUUAACCAGAACUUAACAGAGUAACCUUAUCAAUGAAAAGUGUAAUUCUUGCU